UGACUGAUCGACAGCUGACUCAGCGGAUUUGUUUUGCUUGUUUUUGUUUUCUUUACGUACGUACCGAAUCCGCCCACGCUCCCCCACCACUGUUUGCAUGCACGAAUCGCGCACCCCCGCUUUAUACGUGAAUAACAUAACUGGCCCGCAAGGUCGCAUUGAGCAAUUCAGCCACUGUUACUGGCGCGCGUGAGCUUUCUGUCACCACGUAGCCGCCUGCAGCUGCACCAUCACCUCCGCCUUUUCCCACUCCCAGGCUCUCGAUUUCACACAGACAGCCACUCGUCAUAACAUCCACAUCCCCAUUCUACAACAUGUCGGCUGAAUCAGGGCUCCCCGAAGGCUGGGAGGUGCGCCGCUCCAACACCAAGAACCUGCCUUAUUACUUCCAUCCCGCGACCAAGGACUCGCGCUGGGAGCCUCCGUCCGGCACCGAUCCCGACAAGCUCAAGGACUACAUGGCCCGGCACCACAGCUCCAAAGGAGUUGCGCCCGCGGCGCCUCAGGAUGGCAAGAUUCGGUGUGCCCACCUGCUCGUCAAGCACAGGGACAGCCGGCGGCCAGCCUCGUGGCGCGAGCCGAGGAUCACUCGUUCGAGGGAGGAGGCUAGGGAGCUCAUCAACCAGUACCUGCAAGAAAUCUCGGCCUACGAGCAAGAUAGUAAUGCGGGAAAAUCCCUCCCGGAGCUGGCAACAGCCGAGUCGGAUUGUAGCAGUGCGCGCAAGGGAGGCGAUCUGGGGUUCUUUGGCCACGGGGAUAUGCAAAAGGAAUUUGAGGAAGCUGCCUUCAAGUUGGAGAAGGGCCAGGUCAGCCCGGUGGUGGAAACCGCGUCGGGAUUGCAUUUGAUCCAGAGGUACGGACGGCACUCACCCUAACGUGACGCAAGCUAAUCUUCCCCGGUGCCCCAGGCUGGAGUAAGUGUGGGGUAGGACUUCGUCCUUGCAUCAUGGGGUUCUGGUGGAGUCUGCCGCUGAGCGUACGACGUUUUGAAACGUGGUAGCACGGCAC